CGUCCUGAAGCCCAAGCCAUUUUAAAGAUCGUAGUGAGUGAGUGAGUGACAGAGAGAGAGAGAGAGAGAGCGAGAGAGGAGAAGUUCCAUACGUUUACGUUUCUGUUUCCCGAAGAGACACGACUGUGAAAACCAAUCAAUUUUUGUAUGCCACUGCGCCAUGCCUCAAUCUCAUAACUUUUCCGUUUAUUCCUCUGAUCCCCAAUUAUUUUUUCCUUGAGAUGGGCUUUGAUCUGGAUUCUUUGUCAGAGGCCACCUCUGGUGCCAUUGGAGCUCUUGUUAGCACCACAGUCUUGUACCCUCUCGAUACCUGUAAGACCAAGUAUCAAGCCGAACUUCGAGCUCCCCAUCAGCAGAAGUACAGGAAUAUUUCCGAUGUUUUGCGGGAAGCAAUUUCUACCCGUCAAGUGCUUUCAUUGUACCAGGGCCUUGGGACAAAGAACCUGCAGUCCUUCAUUUCACAAUUUUUCUACUUCUACGGAUACAGCUUCUUCAAAAGGUUGUACUUGGAGAAAAGUGGAAAUAAAACCAUCGGAACAAAAGCAAACUUGAUUAUUGCUGCUGCUGCUGGGGCAUGUACAGUCAUAGUGAUACAGCCCUUGGACAUAGCAUCCUCGAGGAUGCAGACAAGUGAGUUUGGGAAAUCCAAAGGACUUUGGAAGAGCCUUUCAGAAGGCACUUGGGGUGAGGCAUUUGAUGGCAUUGGCAUAUCUCUUCUUUUAACAUCAAACCCAUCUAUCCAGUAUACCGUAUUUGAUCAGCUGAAGCAGAGACUACUGAAGGGGAAGCCGAGUCAGAAAACAGGUACAGAGUCAUCCCCGGAAGCUCUUUCUGCCUUUUCUGCUUUCAUGUUGGGCGCAGUUUCAAAGUGUGUCGCUACCUGCUUGACUUACCCAGCUAUCAGGUGUAAGGUUAUGAUUCAGGCUGCGGAAUCAGAUGAAGAUGGGGGGAACCAAGAAGCUGAGCAGAAAACCCAGAAGACAGUUUCAGGUGCACUGUACGCCAUUUGGAAAAGAGAAGGCCUACUGGGAUUCUUCAAAGGAUUAAAUGCCCAGAUACUGAAGACCGUGCUGAGUUCGGCGUUGCUUUUGAUGAUAAAGGAGAAGAUCACAAAGACAACAUGGGUCUUAAUGCUUGCACUGAAAAGGUAUCUGUUUGUCACCCGCCCCAGACUAAAGAGCACUUGAAUUAGUGAUGAGAUUGAGAACGCUAGGCCUGCGAACCUCAUAAACGAAGAGGGUCCAGUGGAUUUGUACAUGCUGGUGGAGUCAUGUAGCAGCAUAGGCCAGAGAUCAAUUUGUAUCUCAAGAAGGAAAAUGCAAAGUUUUGUAGAAUGGGAUUUCCUUUUUCAUGUCUGUAGCCAGUCUCAAUCGAAAUAAAACAUCAAUAUAGUUUUGUCUG